AGCAAAAAAAAUGAAAAAAUGAGCUUUCAUGAAGAUAUUUUAUUAGAGAUUUUCUAUAACUGUGAACCUAAGACAAUUUUAAAAUGUUCUUUGGUAUGUAAAUACUGGAACCAUGUAUCAAAAUUGCAAAUACUCUGGAUGAAAAAUGUUCUUAAAAGUUGGCCAUCACAACGGUGGUUAUAUGGUAAAGCAAGUGUUUCACAUUUAAACUGGAUGAAAGUUUGUCAAGAACUAUUUCAAUAUUCAUAUUAUACCCCUGAUCAAAUGAAGUAUUUUGUUACAUGCAAUACUUUUGAAAAUGAGCUUAUUUCUCCCAUUCUUCGCAAAGCUAUGUUCGAGCAAGUGGAAUAUAUUUCUCAAAAAUGGCUUCAGACUUCAUCUUUUGAUCAAGAUGACAAAUCUCAAGUGUUUGACAAAAAUAUGGAAUUAUACUUUAAUAUAAAAGAGUUACGCUGGGUUUUUCUUGACAAAAGAAGAGGAUAUAUGUCAGAUUUAUUUCCCCACAAAAAAAAGGAUAAAUUUUAUGAUAGAAUCUGCAACAUACGUGCCUAUCAAGUAAUUCCAAGUUGUUUGCUAAUGUAUCGCUGGUUGUGUAUUUUUAGGGUUUUUCUUACUGCUGAAACUGGUUUGACGUUUUAUCGUAUAUGGAGAUUUAGACUGAAACACUAUAAAACAGGAUUAAUAUUUGAGCUAUGUGAUUGGAAAGCUGGAAUGUCUUCAACAUUUGCUCAUGGUUCUCCAGCUUCGGAUGUAUACCGUGAAGAUUGUUUAGAGCUUUUGCAACUGCUUACUCAUCCACAUUUUAUCAUGCACCCAUUAGGGUUGAACUCUAAAACUGAGAGUUUAUAUAACUCAAUGAUACGGGCGUCAGCAGGUGGUUGUAUGAGGAAUGCAUCUAAAUGUCAGAAAAGGAAAAUUUUAAAGCAGAAAGAAACAUAUUCACCUACAAAAAAAAAAAGCCCUUUAAUAUCUCCAACAACUAAUACUCCUUUUAUGGUAGGAAGUUCCCUUGAUAAUUCAUGUUUUGUUGAUUUGUCAGAUCGACUUGAAAAAUGGAGAGUCAAAAGAAAAGAAAGCCUGCUUAAACAUUCUACAUCCAGUCUUAAUGCAGAUGUAUGUUUAAAUUUUAUUUCUAAAAUAGAUAGUGAGUUGUCAAGUGCUUCUAGUGAUAGUAGUCUUAAUGAAAUCGAAAUUGAAGAACCCCUGAAAGAAUUAAAUGCUGAGUCAGAUAUAGACUUAUAUGACGGUGGUUACAUUUUAAAUUGUGAAUACUAUAUAUCAAGUUCACAACAUACUGAUUCAAUAGAAGAGCAACAUAACUUGCAGGCUACUAUUGCAGAAUAUUGGGCACUGACUCAGAAAGAAUAUUUACUACAAAUACCUGUUGUUUAUGAUAUUGAAGAUGAUUAUUGGUACUUCCAACCACAAGAUGAAAUUAGUUGUUUAGAUACUUUAAAUGCAACAAAUAAAAUUUCCACUUGUGCGAAGGAACCAGAAUCAAAUAAAUGUUCGUUACAGUUUUUAGAAAAUUCCAAUGAGAUCAUUUUGGUAGAUACUAUACCAAGUGCAUUAAUGCUUUACAGAUUGAUUUGUCUGUUUGAGUUAAACUGCAAUGACUAUAACUGCUUAAAUGACACCACAGUUUGGAAAGUUAGCAUGGUGCAUAAAAGAUCAGGAGGAAUCAUUCACUUCAAAGAUUAUAAUGGAUAUUUAAAAAUAUACGUCUCCGUUAAUCAAAAUUGUGAGUUAAACACAUUAGACACAAUAUUCGAAAUUUCUGAAUUUCGUGAUGCUGUUACUCAGCUUUUAGCUUUACUCAUGGAUGAGAAAUUUUGCCAUCCUUACGGAACAAUUGCAGGCUCUGUAGCAUAGCGUUCUCAUAGUCGAUUAGUAGACUAUGUGGUAAGUGAAGCAGAUAAAUCUAAAGCGUCCAUGGAUCUUUCGAUUUAAAAUGAGCUCACAUUUGGAUUUUGUUUAUAAAACUGUUUAUGAGCCAAAAAAAUUAUGUUAUUUAAUUAGUUAAGGUUUACAAGUUGGGCUGGGGUUCUUAGGUAUUUAUUUUGUUACUUCGUCUUGAAAACUCAAUUAUAAUGUUGGUCAACCAAAAUGAAAAGUUUUUAGUUGUGACAAUUAACUUAGGUUUAAAGAAUUCUAUAAAAAUGCUUA